ACGUCCAGGUGACCGACUAUAACGGCCCGCGCCGCCCUGUGGCCUGAUUUCGCGCUCCCGAAGGCAUCCCGCCAUUGGCUGCAGGUCGGCAACGGACGACGGCGGCCAUCGGCACGGCAGAAAGGGAGAGCCCGGGCGUCUUCUGUGAUGCCGGUCUUCGCCGCCGCAGUGGACCGCGCGCGGAAAAAGCCUUCGUCGUACACUGGUUUUCUCCCGCCUUCCCCUCCCACCGCGACGCGGUCGCCGCUUUCUGGGGGCCCCCCGCGAAAGUUGAACGAGACUCCUCGGCGCGCAUCCUCCAGGGACGAUUGCUCUUCGCGAAGGUCCGCACGUUCUCCCAGCGCUUGAGCGGGCAUGAACCGACGGUCGCCACAGCCCCCGCGCCGACGUCGCGCUGGCGUGACCGUGAACGCUGCCACGGCCAGCGGCGUCUUCAUUGUCUGCGUCAUCUUCGCGGUCGCCAGCUGCUGCGCCGGGGUCACGCUAGCCGAGGAAAACGGGACUCUAUUGGGAGAUGGAACGGAGACCUCGGCUUUUGUGGACGACGGCAGCACGGCGAGAAAUGAUUUCGCCGACGACACCGCGCCGCCUCCCAAGCUGACCUGGGAAGGAUUUAUGCACAACAUGACUACCAGCUUCGGGACCGUGCUGCACAAGAUCUUUCCGCUAAUGGUCAGGGCCAGCUCGGAAGUGGAAGUCGGGCCCGAGUGCAUGGCCAGCUACUUCAAGCUCUUCCUUGGACUCCGGAAACUCAAAGGCUGGGCCGUCAGACUGGUGGACGCAACCGGCAAGCCAGCUGAUGGCCUUCUGGAGGGCACAUUGGCCUUCCUUGGCGCCUUCGACGAAUGCCUGGAUACGGUCGUCUGGGACGAGCAUGACAGCUCGCGGCUCCUGUUCCAAGGUCGCUACUGCACUGCCCAGGUGGCGCCUAAAUUCACUCUCCGGGACCUAUUCCACAACGAGUCCCAAGCCCACAAGGAGCUGGCUACCUACCUGCCGAAGAAAGCCAUGCUGAAAAAUGCGCUGCGCAUUCCAGGGAACCAUGUGAUUUUUCGGGUUGGCCUCUGCGUUCCUUCAACAUGUUCCAAGGACGACAUUGAACGAAUGGUAAAAUACACCGUGAAACACAUGGACAUGAAAGCCGAGGUGACGGAGUGUUUGCAGAAAGAGAAAAAGCCGCUAUCUGUUAUCCAGAUUACUGUCAUAACUUUACUUGCCGCUUUCCUGUCGCUGACGAUCAUAGGCACCGUUACGGACAUCACACUCAAGGAGCGACGUCAUCCCAAGGCACCGGCUUCUGAGAAACAUGGCAGGUCCCUGGAGGCACUGCUCUGCUUCUCGGCGUACAGCAACGCGCGCAAGCUUUUUGCGCCGGAGGACAAGCCGGACAGCCUGCGGGCGCUCCACGGCAUACGCUUCUUGUCCAUGACGUGGAUCAUCUUCGGUCACAGCUACUUCUUCAUCGAGCACGUGCAGCCCUUCCGCGGGCUCUUCAACGGCCACGAGAUGUACUCGGAAAAUUUUUUCUUCUCCGGAAUCAUCAACUUCACGUUGGCCGUGGACUCAUUCUUCUUCAUUAGCGGUUUGCUCGUCGUUUACACCAACUGGAAAGAGCUCACGGAGUCCAAUGGCCGCCUCAAUGUAAUCAGAUUCCUGUUCAACAAGUAUUGGAGGAUGAUGCCGCCUCUUCUUCUCUCCCUUGGCCUGCUGUUCCUGAUGCCCGUACUGGGAGACGGACCUUUCUGGAACGACAUCAUGGGCACCGAGAUAAGACUCUGCGAGCAGUCCUGGUGGUCAAAUCUUCUCCUCGUCAACAACUUCUGGGAGUCCAAGAAGAUGUGUCUCGUCGCCACGUGGUACCUGGCGUGCAACUUCCAGUUUUUCAUCAUCUCUAUUUUCAUCCUAAUACCAUUAUACAAUUGGCCCAUCGUGGGGCUGAGUGCAACUUUCUUGCUGCUGCUGGCCGGGAGCAUCGUAUCCGGCGUGAUCACGUUCAUGGCCGAUCUUCCGCCGGGGCUCAUAUUCUACCCGGACCUCGACACUGUGUCUAACCUGGUGACCUACGUGUACCACAAGCCUUACAACCAUAUUGGCCCCUACUGUGUCGGCGUAUUUCUGGGAUACGUCAUUGUGAGACACCGAGACAUCAAACUCAAGCCGCUCACGCAGGUGAUCGGAUGGUGCACGUCAUUCUCGGUCGGCGUGGCCGUGCUGUGGGCAGCUUACCGCUGGAACGCCGAGCUGCCCAGCCCUCCGGUAGCCGCGCUGUACGCCGCCACGCAUCGCGUCGCCUGGUGCAUCGCGCUCGCCUGGCUCACCUUCGCCUGCGUCGCGGGACACGGAGGCUUCCUGGACUCCCUGUUAUCAUGGCCGCCGUUCAACGCACUCGGUAACCUGGCCUUCAUGGCAUACCUGAUGCAUCCGCUGGUCAUCCUGUACCACUCCAGCAGGACCAGGGACCUCAUCUAUUAUAGUCAGUACGAGAAGGUGUACGCCUUCUGCGGCCACUUCCUCGUCACGCUGGUGCUGUCGACGUUCUUCUACGUGGUCGUCGAGAUGCCGUUCACCCGGCUGGGAGCGAUGCUGCUCCGGACGGCCGUCUUCCGCAAACCGUCGCGGCGCUCGGGCGCUGCCGGCGGCGGCGGCACCGAGAGCGGCGCGGGGGUGCGCAGGCGGCCGGCCUCGACCAUCGUGGCCGACAUCACUCGCGGCAUGGCGCCGCUGGCCUUCAUCAAGGCCAGGGCCCACGGCACCGCGAGGCGCAGCGGUUCCGCGCAGGCCGCCGAGCUCAGCGCCGACGGCGGAAGGCCCACCAACGGCCGCUUCCGCAAGACCGGAGACUCGAGCCACCUAUGAUGAGCACGACGGGGGCCGAGGCACGACGCGCCCUCGUUGUGGCACGACGAACGAUCGGCGGUACAUCCGGUGGCGCCCUUCUCCGUGGAGGAGUGCGGAACGCGGAGAAUGUCGUGUGGUUUGCGGGCCGGAUUGCGAAAAUGGGGGACAUUGGUAAAGCUUUGGCCGUCACGCUCCUACACGUAGCUGACGCGAGAGUCUGCCCUUACGCCGAGUUCAACUCUCAAAUUGCUUAAACCAUUGGGCUGGUUGUUUUCUGAAUGGUAAAAAACAAAAACGAAAUGCUCAAUUUCCGGGGAAGGGAAGGGGAAAUUGACUGCAAAUGGAAUUAGAUGUGAAUUCAGUUUCGUGGUAGCGGUGUCUUCGGGAUGCAAAUGAAUGCUAAGUGGUGGCUCAUUCUCUACGAGAAAUACAUCGUGGCAGUUUAUCCUUGUCUGUACAGUGAUAUUUUAUUGAAAGUGAAACUGGACACUCCUUCCUAUGCAAGGGUAUGUGAAAUCCAGGUUCUGUCGUAUUCAUGAAGCUGUUCGUGAGCUUGUUACUAACCGUCAUGGCCGUUUCACUGGUAGAAGAGACCGCGAACUAGGGGCGCUAUAAUGUAAAACUAUUCCAAACUUUUCUAUUCCAAUUCUGCUAUCAGCCCUCCACGAUUGGUCAAAAACUUUUUUCGACCACCCCCCAUUUCACCUGUCUGUCACGCGACGUUACAAAAACCGCAAUACCUCCCCAUCUGAUAUGAUGUGUGCACACUGAUUAUGCAUGAUUUGACAGAAAAAAGAAAAACAGUUAUUUCUGAUUCGACCCCUUUUCGCCAUUAGCCCUCGGCUAUUGGUAAAAUGUUUUCGGGCUGCAUCCACUUCACCUGCCUGUCACGCGACGUCACAAAACCGCACGAACUCACCGCGUCAAAGUGACGUGUACGCGAUAAAGACGCAUUAAUAUGCCGAACAAAACUGAAUUUUUUUCGGAAUAGCCGCAGGCUGCCCCGUUCCGAAAGGAAUAAAAGAUAGCUGCUGCCGAUCGCUGAGACGCUGGCUACUCGCACCUGCCGGAGAGCAUGGGUGUAUUUGCGUAUGAUAAAACUUCUUGCGUGACCGUGUAACGUUUUUAAGCACUUUCGACACGUUUACUACCUCAUUCUGCCAACUCUUCUUUGCUGAGGGUCAAUUUUAGCGUCAUUCUUAAGCUUCCGUUGCAUGCCGCCGCGAUUUUCGACCAGCCACCACAAGCUAAGUAAGGGAAAGCCGACCAAUCGCAGACGCCGGCACCACCCUCUUCAUCCGGUUAUCGGUUUUCAGUGCACUGGCUCUGCCCUAGUGAAUCCUUCUCCACUUGAGCGUUCUCCCCACCUCUUGUCAGCCAAUUAGAUACAACAAGCCGCUCAGUGUAGGCAAUGUUAUUCGUUUUUCAAGCAAACAAAAGGGACCUCCUAUGAACGAGGAGAGCGUUUGAUUGGUCUGUUCAGACAACCCUAUGGGUGACCACCAGGUGCUUGCGUCGGUGGUUACGCAAAUUUGACGUCACGAAAUUGGAAUAGAAACAUAUUGGAAUAGUUUUACGUUAUAGGGCCCAGGUUUUGGUUAUGGAGCUCGCCAAUGACAAACAUUUGUUUACGAAAUCAAUGCUUUGUGAAGCCGGCGCCACGUAGUCUAAAAAGCUUCGAGAGUCCAUGUAGUUUCUAUUUUCACUCACACGAAUGGUUUAAAGGAUCGCAUAGAGCGCAGUAUUCUUUGUGAUCGGCGCCUUAAGCGGCUGAUAUAGUUGCUCGGCACAUGUGAGGGUAUACUUGGCUGAGUUAAAUUGGGGGUUUCGUCCUAUAUUCGUUGGUUUCUCGACAGGGUCAAACUGGUCUUCAAACCUCUUGCUGUGGAAGUCUAACUGACCAUCUUUUACACAAGCCGUCUUCUGUCGCAUAUUUCUUCAUUCACGAUUACAGCCUUUAGAGUGCUUUAGUCCAAUUUUACAUAAAACAUGCGAACUUCAUAACACUUCUAUAAGUCCGCUGGUGCGGCACGCGUCGUUCCGCCUUGUGACCAGUGCUUUGCGGGUUACUUGCCGCCGAUUGCACAUACCUUCUGUCUUUAGUGGAAGAAGAGGUGUUACACAUUUGUAGUCACCCCUUAGGGCAGCCGUUGUGCGGUCGCCAUUUCAUCCUAACUUAGCCGAAAGCGGUGCGUGCAGUCAAAAAGCCCCUUGAGGGAUUUCAGGGGCUUAAUAUCACACCGAACAUCGCUGUGAGAGAUGUUCUGUGCUAGUGUCUUUGGCACUGAUUACUACACAGGGUCUGUACGUUAUUGACGAAUUCGAUGAAUUCCUAUCGUUAUCAUUUAUCUCUGACGAAGUUCUCUUUAUUUAGUUCAUUGUGUGUUUAUCUGGCGUCGUUGCUAGACUGGAACAGUGUGCAUGCGGAUAAUCUCCGAUCUUUAGUCUAAUGUGUGCCACUUUUACAACGUUGCCGGAGCAAUAACAUUUCUAGUUAACAACUUUACUAAGCAUUAUAGAUAUUUGUGUAUAAGAUAGCUGCUUCAGUAAUAGGCAGGCGCAAAACAAAAAGAAAGCUAUAUCCGCACAAUCAUAAGGAUGAUAAACGUGUGCGCUUCAUUAAUACAGUAAUUAAAUAUUUCACACCUGUGUAGUGCGUGGUAAAAAUGGAUUUGACCCUAUAUUAUAUAAUGCUAGCCAUACAUGGAUACAAGUUUUGAGCUUUUGCAGAAUGAUGGUGCCGCAGUAUUUCCUUUUAGUUCUUUUUUUUUAAAUGGGAAGAUUUAUGUUUGUUUUAUGUUUGUGAUCUUUCUGUGAAUAAAUGUUUUGUUCUUUA